GCUUGCCUCUCUGACCAGCUGCGGGGCAUGCGCAGUGCCGGAGCGUGAAGGGGGAAGCUUUCACAGUCGUUGGGUCCGCUCGCUUCUCUCUGGAGAGAGAAAAACGCGUUUCUGAGGGUACGAGCAGCCGCCCACCCGCUUUUGCCGCCGCCGCCGCCGGUCCUCUUGCGAGGCCUGGUGAAGGCCACGCCGCAGCUCGGUUGAUUUCUGGGCCCGAAGGGUUCGGUGCCCAGAUAGUUUACACGCCCAUCUUGUUUCGGGGCCCAACCUCGGUGUCCGCCGCCGGGGAGCCGGGGCUUCCUAUGGGGGUCUGUGGCGCCCCCUUUUCUCCCCACCUCGCUUCGGGCCCUUCGGGGGGGGGAGCAGAAACCUGCCCCCCCCUCGCCCCGCGGCAGGUUGGUCGGGCAGCUCUUCUUCCUCCAAGCUUCCAGCGAGGCAGCUUCGUUCUCUUCUGCCAUUUUUGCUUCCUGGAAAGUGGAGGUGCUUUGCCGGGUGCCUGUUUAGGGGGGCUGAGAGGUUCAGCUGUAUCUCCGCGCCUUGCAAAAAAAGAAAAGAAAGAGGUCACUAGCCGACCAGCUGCUAAUUCCACCAAGCCUUGCCAAAAAAAAGGGGGGGGGACCAGCUGCUAAUUCCUCCGCCCCUCUUAAAACCCCCAGCCACCCAUUUCCACCUCCUCGAAUGGGUGCACUUAAGACCAAGCAAACGGUGAAGGGUGUGUGUGUGUCGAUCAGGCUCUUCUUUCCCAGUGCCCCAGUAGAGAGGGGCAAGGGUCUGGUUUUGGAAGCAAACUGGGUUUAUUGGGACCCUCCCCCCCCCUUUACCUCCCUGCAGUCUGAUUCCCCCCCCCCUCCUGUGUUCAAAGUAAGGUUGGUGUGGUGGUAUGGGGCUGGACUGUGGGGAGAUAAGCGCUGGGUGAGGGUUCAGCUCUUCUCUUUGGCAACAAAAGCUAGACCUUCUGCUCCCUUGCUUUAUGCAUGGCUGGUGAGCUACCACCAUUGCAUCCGACCUGGGCCUUUGAGGGCUCUCAGCUCUGUGAGAGUUGGAGGAAGAGACUGGCACCGGGUUAACGGCGCGGUUCUCUCUCAUUUGCUGCAGUGCUGCCCAUUUUCUCUGCUGCCUCGCACUCUUGUCCACUCCUGCUUUCACCAUGGUUAAGAAGAAUAGUAUUCCCGCUGGGUAAGUAUCCUAUAAAUAUUACAUGGAGAGAGAGAGGAAGGGGGCUCUGACAGCCCCACCUGUUCUCUCUUGCUGCAUUACCAUCUUUGCCAUCUAACAUAAGCUAAGGUAAGUAUUUGCAGCAACAUGAAGUCACAGCUUACCAUCCCCCAGGUAAGUAUUUUAUCCCUCCGUGUUUGUGAAUGCUCCUCCAUCAGCCAUAGAUGGCUCCUGUUUCUUCUCUCUUGAUCCUCAAAUGUGUGCAAAGAGGAAUUAAUUGAAACUACGUUCUUAACAUUUCAGUUCUGUGACAUGGCAGAAUAAUACCACAUCAUGUCAUAAAUGUGGUUUUUAUUAAUUACAUGACAUGCAGAAACAUAUGCUACUUGACUAAGCAUGGGCUAUUUACAGAAGCCCAACUUUACCAAAGUAUUAUUCAAGUGUGGUUAUUUUUAACUGUAGGAUUGUCAGCAUUGACUUGCAUAAUUGUCUAACAGUUAUUAAACAAUAAUUGCUUUCCUUCAUCACAUUUAGCCCCUAAGGUCCCAGUUUUUCUCCACUUUUGUGACAUGCCAAAAUACCCCAGAACUCUCUUAAAACAUAACACAACUUUUCUAUGGAAAAGUGCUUUUAAAAUGUAGAGAUUAGUUUGAUAAAGCUAUCCAAAUAUCAAGAUAAAAUUGAAGAAAUUCAGGAAGUGACAUUAGAAAAGUAAACAUAGAAACAAUAUUGCUAAGCAGUAUUAUUUCUAAAGGAGUACUGUUGCAGCAAUUCGAAAGCAAAGUUUGUGGUUAUGACAUAUUUUUUAGUUUGCAUUGUUCUGCGUCUUCCUCUGUUGCCUCCUGCUCUUGUACACUCUUGUAACAUGGCAUUAAAUUACCAACAUAAAUUGAGUAUGCAUUUAACAGACAGUUGAAACAUGCAUUGAUUUUAAUAAACAGAUCAACUUGGUAGUCCAACCCUCAAUAGAAGGAUAACUUGGCUGGAAUUCUGCAUUGAGAACAAAAACUUAACAUUGUAAGGAAUUAUUGGGAAGAUAGGUACCAAUUAAAAUAGUGCAAAUAAAAGUGAACUGUAGUUGCAAGAUUGGUACAUUAUCUUUUAGGCUAGAACUGGUAGCAUAGUAGAGCUUGAUUUUUUUGUCUAGAGGCCAAUCGUCACAACUUCUUCAGUGUGUAGCUGCUAACCAACAGGACUUCACCUCUUCCAGCUUGGUAACAUACUAUGAGAAGUGAUGCAUGACUAUCACAAUUGUGCACUGAACUAGGCACAGAUAAGUUUUCAGUACUGAAGUUACUAUACAAUUGCAGCUACACAUUACAGCCUCAGUGCACUGAGCUGUCUGUGUUGUUGACAGUUAUAUUAGCCAUCUUAGUAUACGCUGCUAGAUGGAAUUCAUUACUGGCUGAGUUUACUGGCAGCAGCUGUUCAUUUAAGGAGCUGUUACACAACCUGCCAUCUCUCAUUUGUUCUUCUAUGUCAUUGCUGUUCUCUAUGCCUACACAGUACACCCAUAUAAAUACCAGCACUAGAGUUAUAGUACACACAGACCGUAGCAGCCCAGAUACUUCUUGGCUAGUAGAUCCUUGGUGAGGGGUACAUGAAAAAAUCUGUGAUAAGUUGGUUGAAAGGAUUAUAUAAAGAAUGGACAUUGGCUGCUUUUGCUAAGAAGACAUUUCCGGGGGGGUUUCAGUUUUUAAAAGGUUUCCGUCUUGCCUCUCAGUGGAAGUUUCCAAUGAAGGUAACACAUUGAUUUAAAAUUGAACAUUAACAUAAAAGCAAAAACAACACCAAUAAAGAGCAUCAGUAAGAAUAGAAGCAACAUUUUAAAAUAGGGAGAAGUAUGGCUGUUCCCAGUGCCAAAAACGUGGUGAAGUUACACAUCUGGAGCACACCAAUGAAAAGGUCCUAUCUCUGGUCCAAAGCCAGGUGUAAAUGCAUAAAGCAGAUCAAAAAUACAAAAUGCGUAUCAAUCUGUUUCCUCCCAUGUCAGAGGGUCUUUCACUGAUGCUCUCUUUCAAAUACCAAAUAUCAGAGAUUGUAUUUGAUACAAUAAGGGCAAGGGUAGUAUACCUGAUGCCACCAUUGCUAUCUUUUAGGCACCAGACAAAACAUUUUGUAUUUACUCAGGCAUUUAAAAGAAUUUUUCUAUUCUAAAUAUGUCUAUUGAGAAUGAAGUUCAGUAGAACUUCCUCUUCAGUAAGAGAGUACUGUAUAGGAUUGCUGUAUUAUAUGACUUAAUUGUGCUUUUAUCUGCUGCUGCUGCUUUCUGUGUAUGUUGUAUUACUUGUUUUAAUUUUUUGUACACUGAUUUGAAAUUAUUGAUGAAAAGAGGUGUAUAAAUAUUUUAAUUAAAGGGAAAUCAUGCAGAAAUAGAUUUACCUUCCCAAUAUGAUUUGGUCCUACAGCAUACAAGGCAUAUUUUACUGUAGAAAAAAAAUACUGAUAACUUUCACAGUAAGUUGAAGGUUCCAGUUUUUACGUCCUCCUUUAAUUGUACACUAUAGCUGGACUAUUUCAAAUUGCACAUUGUUAUUCUAUUUUAUUUUGUGUUAAUUGUUAUACCUAUAAUGAAUUUGCUAACAAUAUAGGUGAAUAUACAUUAUCCAAAGUGCUAAUACACAUUACUUGGAAUGCAUUAUUAUAUACUUCAGGUAUAUUAACAAUCUAAUAAAAAUUAAGCAAUUCAGAUUGGUAAAUAUUUUCAUAUUAGGAAAAAUACAUUCAACUUAAACAGCUAAGUUAUUUUAGGCAGCUAAAUAAUAAGGAAUAGAAAGUGAGUGCAGUUAAAUGUCUUUGUUUCCUAUUGUAAGAAGGAACUAUACUUCUGUAUUAAAAAUGUUAUGUUACUUUGCAAUUAUUCAUAAGACACGAAGGCUAGCAAACAUUUAAAAAUCAAUUUUUUGUUAAUGAAGCACUUAUUUACAUAAUUUCAGGUGCUUGCAUGAUCAUUCUUUUAACAGGUGAUAACAUAUUAUCGAUUUCAGUUUGUCUAAAUAGAAUAAAGACAGAUUUCCCUUCCUUCUAUUAAUUUUUUUAAUUGUAGAGCCUUGAGGAGGGCAUUAUAAGAUAGCUCUUUACUCUGAGCUAUUUGCUUAAGUGGUUCUCAUUUCAUUUUUUAUGAUUUGAGGGACAGUUGAAAUAUUCUUCGCUUUGCGUAUUUCUGUAACACAGUUUGAAGUAUUAAAUCAGAUGUUAAUUGGGGUCACUGCAAGUAGUCCUAAGUUUUUUUCCUAUUAUGAAAAAAAUAGCUUUUAACUCAGAUGAGGAAUUGUGUACAACCAUCACAGCUGCUCUGUUUUCCUCCACAAAACUCAAUUCCACCUUCACCCCUGUUGAUUUUCUCCAUCUGACAGUCAGCUUUCCAUAGGUACUGAGUAUUCUCAGGCCUCAUUGAAGACUUUGCCACUUGGGAUUCUUUUUAAAAAACAUUUUUUAUACUUUUGCGAACCAUGGGGUUUCACUGAGCAUGCUGGUACCCCUCUCUUUUUUCUCAUUAGUUCCAUUUCUGCCAUCACUUACUACCUGAUCUCUUUGUUAGAGGAAGUGAUGAGUGCAACUUAAGUCUGCAUGAGAUGGAUUUCAUUCCAUAGUUUUCACUGCAUGAGUUCAAUGAGGCAAGUCUCCCACUGAGAUGGCAUAGUGUUAUUGCUGUAGGGUGCCUCACCAGCUCUCCAAAAAGUUGGGCUCCUUUGCCUCAGCUUAGCUUGCAAAUGCACCUCUUCUUCUUUGGUACGAUACAAUUGCAAGAAGUCCUUAUAGCUCAGGAAACGGGAAGAAAGGUUUCUUCCUGUUUCCUGUGUUGUCUUGCAGUGGCAUUGCACAAAAGAGAGAAAAAGUUGCUUUGGAAUGUAAAAAGACAUUUGAAACUGUUGGCUCUUCGUCUCCAUUAUAGCAUUGAGCUAGGAGGAAAGCCUCCUACCCUAGCACUACAGUGCAAAGGAAGAAUGCUGGAACCUUCACUCUUCCUCUGCUGGUCUGUCCCUCUGCACCCCACUCUACUGCAUGUGUGCUUGCCUCUAUGGUGAACUGUAUGCCCAGCAUAGCUGAGUAGGAGAGCGUACACAUGUUCUUUGGGCACACCCACUACUGGCAUGCAGAACUUGGAGGGGUGGCAGCCCCUAGUGUGGCCCUCAGGGUGAAAAAGAUUAGUUACUCCUGUUCUAAUUGAUCCUAGACUAAUAUGAUAUUAAGUAGGUUUUCACCACCUAUUUAAUGUUCAGCAUAAUUCUAACAUUCAGUUUGAUGCACGGCUCUCAGUGACAUGACAGGCAGAAAUUUUCAAGAAGAUGAGACAAAACAUGUUUAAAACUAGCAAUUAUGUUCUCCCCUUAAGGCAGGGGUGUCCAAACUUCUUUCAAAGAGGGCCAGAUUUGAUGAAGUGAACUUGCCUGAGGGCCAACCAAAAUUGUUGAGUUGUUUUUUUUAGGAUUUUACCCAGGAAAUAAACUGCCACAGGGGCCAAAUUAAAUAGAACGGUGGGCCGGAUUAGGCCCCUUAGCCGGACUUUGGACAUGUAUGCCUUAAGGGGUCAUCCUCAAUUCAGAGUAAAUCUUGGCAGUUUGCCCAAUCUAGUAUUUAAUCAGGAAAUGAUACUUGAGGAGAUAUCUCUUUUCCUCUUGCCAGAUGCUUCCUUGUAUAGCAAGGUAGCAACAACUAAAACAAAAAACUUCAGCUCUGCAUGUCAGUUUUAAGAUAAUGGAUGACAAGGACCUUCCUCACUUUCUUGGAGAAUGUAAAGAGUCCAUGACAGAUGAAGGAUGUUCAACAGGGGAGAGGGCUUUGGUUUUGGUUUAUCUGAAACUGCCUCCAUGUGGUGAGAUGUUUUGUAUGCAUCACUUCACUAUGAGGAUCAGGCUCAACUAUUUCAUUUAUCUCCAUGUUCACAGAAGCUGGAAUGUUUGGCAUUGGUGUGGAGACAAAAUGUGGUGGGAGUUGACCAUCAAGGUGAGGCAGUACAUAUGAAAUGGCUCACUGCAUGAGGCUGUUGCUACCAAGGAAGCAAUUUCAAGCAGUAAUAUUAUGUGUGGCAGCUAUAGUAUGCCAAAAGGUGGCAGAUACGUACUCAUUUUUGCCCAGGACAUAUUGAGUCAAAUGUUUUUAAAAAUUGGUUUCAUUUCUUGGGUUCAUGAGUAUUGCCGCUUUCUCCCAGUAUCUUAAAAAAAUGUUUGGCAGCUUCUUCAACCAUUUGAGGUGGUUCAGAUAUAUUUACUGCAGGUUAAUAUCAAAAAGCCUUCUGCUUGGAAUGCAACUACCAUAAAAUGAAUACAGUAAUGAAAAUUAACAUUCAUAAAUUUUAAACAUGUUUAGUAAUUAAAAAGACUUCAUAGGAUACUUGCAUGCAUACUUCUGAGGCAAGGUUCACUGAUGAAAGAAUCUUAAGACGAACCAAUAAGUCUUUGAGUCUUGCUUUUAUCAAAUAUCAUACUGCUUGGUUAAAGCACAAUUUAAAUAUUAACUCAUUUCCUUGUUGGAAGCUCAAGCUGCAAAUUUGGAUCAUAAUCAGUGGUUUGGCAUGCUGUUUGAAUUCAGUAGUGCUUGUUUGGGUAGUCCAGUUUGGGUAGAUGGAUAGCUAUACAAACAGAGAAUGAAAGCCUAUCCCUACGAUAAGAGUUUUAGUGUUCAAAGAUGGUAAGUAUACAUUGGUCAGUGAAAAACUGUGUUGCAUCGCUAUGUGGCAGCAGAUAACGCUUGCUUAUUUUAUCUUCAUUAAGUGGUUACAUACAUAAACCUUGAAAUUAUUCCAUACAAUCUUUGAAUUAAUCUGAAGAAAGCCCCACAAUCUUACUUUAUUUGUAUUUCAGACAAGCCAAUAUUUCUGACAAUAAAAUAUAACAAUUCUACCACCUCUGUGUCUCUUUAUUUCACCUGUCAGCUAUACUUUUUUAUAAACUACUCUGAGGCAAUUCAUUUUAAGAAUGGAAGCUGAAGCUCACACAGUGGAAAACAUUUACAGAACUAAAGGAAAUGUUUACCAUUUUCCUUUAAAAAAAGCUAAAGCAGUAUAUAAAUUUUCUUUUUUUAAAAAAUAAAAUUUUACUGAGUUGCUUUUUUGUUAUGUAUACCAAGCACUGUGUCUGAAAGAGUCAAAAUGAGUACCUACUACAAAAGUGUUAUAGUGUAGCCUUGGAGGGUCACUGUCCAUCAGUGCAGACAGUAGUGAGUUAUGUGAGCCAAUGGUCCAACCUUGAAUAAGACAGCUUCCAAUAUUCCUAACCUCUCUAGCCACAUACAUACACAUUGAGUGGAUUGCUGUUUCUGCUAUCAUCGGCAUCAUUUUCAAUAUAGCUGUGGUUUGGAUUGGCAUACCACUACCAACCGAUGAGAACCUGUAAGCUAUGGGAACCAUCUGCCAAACUGUUGGAAGGUAAUGUGGCGCUUUCUUUGUCAGCUGUAGUAAAAGCUGGUUAACAACAUACAAAGCUGUCUUCUAUUCAUCCUAUUAAUAAUUUCAUUAUUGCAUUUUUAUCCUACCUUUCCUUCAAGGAGCUCAAGGUGGCUAGAUGGUUCUCUCCCCAUGUUAACCUCAAAGUGACCCUAUGAGUUAGACUGGGAUACAGUGACUGACCCAAUCAGAUCCACUUGGUGAACUGCAUACCUGAGGUGGGGAUUUGAACCCUAGUCUCCCAGGUCCUAGUCCAACACACUAACCCAUAUCAUGCUUAAAGCAAAAUAAAUUUAUUUUUGAAGCAAGUGCCACUAAGUACAACUUAGGAAAUAUGCACUGUUGACUGUUAGACAUAGCGAUAAGUGUUCAUACUUUGGGAACAUGUAUAUAAAGCAAGAAAUACAGGCUGUGCUAUCCAUUGCUACUAUUGAGCAAUACUCAGUACUAUUGUGUUUUGGAUAUGGGGGGCCUAUAUUUUAUUCCGCCCCCGAAGCAUCUUGAAGUGAUUUUGGAAUACAAUGAAAACUUGCAUAAAACAAUUGGAUAUCUGAAAACAAUUUCAAAUGCAUACAGAAAACAUUAGGGAUAGGAAUAUCCACUCAGAAAAAUUGUUAAAAAGGAAAGUCUUCAAGAGCUGUUGAAAAGAGUGCAGAUGGCACCUGUUUGAUAUGUAAUGGGAGGAAGUUCUAAUGAGUAGGCGCCACCACAUUGAAGCCCCGAUCCUGACAUGCAGAGCAGUUAUGAUAAGAUGGUCAUUGGUAUAUAAAGGAUGAGAAGAUCUUUAUGUCAAAGCCUUAAGUGUUGUAGCGCAGGUUAUAGUUCCAUUGCUUUAUGCAGUAAUGAGGAACCUUUUUCAGCCUGGGCCCCAUUCCCUUUGGGGAGCAUGCUUGUAACAGAUGGGGCCAGAGGCAAACAAUGAGCAUAGUCAGGCAGAAAUGGACUGGGAACUGUGAAACUUAAUUGUGUAUAGUAAACUCCUUUCUAUGCACGUCCACACCUCCGUCCAUCCAGGCAACCAAGAACUAUCAAGAGUUUAAAAACAUUUCAGCCAGGCAAAAAUAUUUGAGGGUUUGAAGCGGGACCAGUAAGAGGUGUGGCCAGGGGAGAGUUCUGUGGGCCAGGUAAAUAGGUCUUAAGGGCUGCAUUUAGCCCCUUGGGCUGAGGUUCCCCAUCCAUGAAUUUAUCUUAAGCCUGCUCUUGCUUGCUCUGCAUUUCUAAAACACUGCUUGCAGUUUUAAAUUGGUGUUGGAGGCUAAUAUGCCUUACACAUUCAACAAGAAUGAGUUGGAGAUUAAAUAAUGGUCUUGUAUGCCUGCACAUGCCCUUGUAGUCAUACAUGGGCUUAUGAAAAAAUGGACAGCUGAAUCUUAGGAUAUUGCAAAAUAUGCAAAUGUGCUUUUUUAUUUUGAGUAAUUUUUCUACUUCUAUUACUCAUGAGAGGAUAGCCAAUGAAUUAUUUAGGGUACUGAAAUGCAUACACAACCCUGGAAAUGCAUACACAUUUUCAAAAUUACCUUCACAUAGAUCCAUUCUCAUUACACAUCAUAUGUAUGUUUAAUAAGCAGAAUAUACACAUAGGGACAGGUUAUGAAGGAUGGUAGAGCAUAGUUGUGAAUCCUGAUUUUUUAAAAGCAAACUAGAGGGCCUCUUGGCUGAGUUUUAUGUUCAGUUGCAUGCUGAAUCCCCAAUAAUAGUGCAAGAGACAAUGAAUGUGACAUGGUUAAGUGUCCAGGCAAUAAUGCUUUCUGCAGGAUAGCUUCACUAUCCAUGCUUCUGUUUUCAAAUCCCCACCCCAUAUCCUGCAUUAGCACCCACAAAUGUGAAAAACGUUCCUCACAAUAUCCACAGUAAAAAGAGUCCUACUUUGCACAAAGAAGUAUGUGUGCUUCCCCUGUCCUUUUGAUGCAUAUGGCAUGCUGAGCCAAGAUUUGGCUUAGCGUGUCCGAAUCUGGCCUUGUGGUUAAGCUCUCUCCUUGCUAACCGCAAACUGUAGCCAAGGUUUGCUCUUAGCUGUGGUUUAUUCUUAGCCAUGGUUUAUUCUUAGCUACAGCUCAUAGUUUGCAGGGAAAGAGCUUGAUCAUGAGCUGGGGUUCAGAUGACACGUUAAGCCAAACCUUGGUUUAGCUCAGCAUGUUGUUGGUGUGAAAAAGACUUAAGAGGAGCAAAGCAGCUGUGAGCUCUGCUGCAGGAGCCUGCACAUCCAGCAGUCCCAGUAAGCCAUAGUUUGCAGCUACCUAUGCAGCAACCUGGUUUGCACAACAUGGGAAGCCAAAGACUUCCAUAGUAGCAAGAGAUGCUUUUCACCUACCUCUCACUUUGCCAGAGGCUUCCCAUUGCUUUUGCUUUUUCUAUUUUCUAGUUCCGUAAUAGGGUAUCUCAUGUAAAAUACAAAAUUAAAGCCAAAAUUAAAUCUAUGAGUCCCAUGAGUUUUUAUGCUUACUAUAUGUGCUCAAUACACAACAGCCCCCUAAUGUAACUGGCAACAACAUAGAAGCUGCUGCGCUAUGGAUGCGCCUCGUAAUGUUUCUAGAAUGUGAUUGCAGACAUUGCUGGAGCAAUGGUUAUUUCUCAUAUAUCAGAGAUGAUGGCUUGGGAUAUGAACAUGUUAAACCAGCUCACAAUUUCUUCCUUCAAACCCUGCCAGAAAUAGCAUUGGAACAGCCAUGUCACAAUGACUCCCAUUUUUAAAAAUUGCUAAAGAUGCAUUCUAAGCUUGGAGCCUGCCAACCUCAUUUCUAGUUGUAUAUGUUGCUGCAGUAAGUAAUGUAUAUUUUAGCUUUGCAUUCAAAAAUAAACUUUUGAAAUGAUACAGGUGUUUGUCUUGCUUCCAGCCCAGAUUUGGACCUAUGGCAGGAGAUACAUAGGGAUAGUGUAGCCCUGUUGACCUUCCUGAAUCUCACAAUGGCAUUCAAUGGCAUUAAUCAUAUCAGUGUAUUCUAGACUGCCUCUGUUUGGUUUGGGUGCUUUUUACAUAGAAAUGUCCUAAAUUAUUUAGUAGUAGUAGCAGCAGCAGUAGUAGAUGUCCCAUGGAAUUAGUGGUAGUAAUAGUAGUAACAAAUACUACUGUAUAGCAAUAUGUGGUAUUUGGCAACAAAAAACUUGAUUAUCAUCUCACAAUAAUAGCAAGAGAAAAUGGUUUCCUGUCUCACUACAUAUGUUAAUUAACUCAGCAUCACUGUUGAUUAUGUUAACAUUUGUCAUGGUUUGGGGGAAUGUUCACUCUGGUUUUUUUUGCAGACAUUCUAACCCUAAUUUAAUUGUCCUUUGUAAAUUUUGAAAUUUCAUUUCUCUCUGAUUUCACUGCUGAUAAUCCUCUGCCCACUUGCAACUGAAGAGACCAUACAUCUGAUAAAGCAGACUCUCACUCACAAAGGCUUAUGCCCUCAUAAAUUUCUUAGUCUUUAAGGUGCCUCAAGAUUCUUUUGUUAUUUGUGCUUUGACAGACGAAUUCAGCUGCCCUUCUAGAAACCUAAUCAAAGAUGAGCACAUUUCUACAAGAGAAUUUUGAGCUCUCUCCCAUUAAAAUCAAUAAGGCAGGCUUAUGCUAUGAGAUUUCAGAAAGCAUUACAUGCUUACCUGUUUGGAAUGGCAUGACCAACGCUACAGAAAAGGAGAAUUCAACCUUCUUAACAAUGUUGGAUUGGAAAUGAAGUGUACACAAAUGCUUGCCUACAUAGCUUCUGGGGCACAGUAACUUGCCUGAGGAUUACACAUACAGCACCAAGUACUGUAUGGUUGAACCCUGAGUUUGGUUGGAGACAACAAUAUGUUGGGUAGGGGGAGGGAAUCCAGAACCUCCUACCCUUUCUUCCAGCAUUAAAGAGUAUCUGGAUUCAGAACCAAGAUCAACUGCACCAAAACAUAUAAUUGGUGCAGUAUUCUGAAAGCAAGUUUCUGCUUUUUGUACAUAUCUCUGGAUUGAAGUCCUUAUGUUUUCUGUAAAGUGCUGUUGUCAUAACCUGUAUUUUUCCAAUACAUACAGAAUUAAAUACAACCAUAUUUCCUUUUUCUUAACAGAUGGCGGAAUGUAUCGCCAAUUGGACAACCUAUGGCAGGAACCCGGUUCAUUCCUUUCAAAGCACCCAUGAAAGGGGUACGUAUAAAAUUUUGCUUUCAUACAUUUAUGUUAAUCAAAAAGCAUAACACAUAAACUCAGGUAUAUUUUAUCUAAGUGUUUAACUUAUCCCCCUUUGGAUCAUCCCAUUCAGCACAAUAUCAGACAAGAGCAACAAAAUAGUCUUUAAACUACAAGACUAUUCUCUUUUAGUAUCCUCCUAUCCCUACUCUGUGUUUUGUAUAUGGCUCAAGACUGUCAUGGUUGUAGGGCAGGGUAUUCUAUUGUGUUCUGUGUAUUGGCCCUUUGACUCAAAAACCCUGUUUGCCACUCAGUUGCGCCUGUGAGUUUUAUUAACUGAGAUUACAAGAAAGAAAGCACUUUCUUUCCAGAACAUACAAAGGUCAAACCUGUAUCCUUUGUGCACCUACAUCACACAUUUCCAUAUUUUUCAGUGGGUCACAUGACACUUUUCCAGGAAUCUCAGUUUACGCAGAUUGAAUUUUGUCUUGCUUACUCACUCCUUAAGGCUGAGGAAGGGGGUGAUAUGUAAGUUGAACUUAAGAAAAGAAAGGUGAAUAGGGGAGAGAAUUUUAUUCCAAUUGAGAAAGACUCUCCUCCCUGGAAGAGAGGGGAGUGGUUGUGGGCGGGAGCCCGAGCACUGCCCCGAGCAGGGGGCGUUAGCCCCCUGCCUCCUCCUCUCACCUGGCUGGCGCCCACGCCCCCUCGGCAGGCAUCCAACCAGGUGCCUUCGAGGGGGCGUGUUCAGCAGCCUUUUGCGGCAGCGCCAGCCUCUCCUUGGCCUCAUUCUUCUCCGUCCUCUCGUUGCGAGUCACCCACCCUCCACUACCUUUUAGCUCAGGGUCUUUGUUCUUUGGCCUUGCUAUGGACCUUAGGUUGGUCGCCCUGGUUGUCUAGGGGGCCUGGUAGGAAUUUUUCCAUUUGGCAUCAGGCUUUUUGGUUUUUUCGCCUACCUCGUAGCAAUCGUCACAACUUUUUGUGGUAUUGGUGGGUAGGUUAGGCAUUGGAAUAAUGUGUUGUGGUGUGUCGAAGGGUUGGGUGUGGCCAUCGCCUAUGCCUUCAAUUUUUGGGUAUUCCGUUAAAGGAAUCUGGCGGUCGUGUACUCUGUCCGAUGCCUGCUUGGCGAGAGGCCAUGGCAUGACCCCGGUGACAUCAGGGAGAGCCUAUAGUUGGAUUAGCAUCAACAGGCUCCACCUACUGGUGAAUAAACCCCCUUGUUUUAGACAUCCAAUGCCUAAGCCAAUACCUUUUCACUGCUGUAAUCAAUAAAGUUGUGGCCUUUUCUUGCCCAUUAACCUUAUAUCACGUGUCCUUGCGUAUUCAUUUCACAUUGUGGGGGUCGGGUCCUCGAACCACAAAUACUGUUUCUUAGCCUGUCUGUACUGGGUGGAGUUGCUUACAAGCUCAAGAAUGGGAGGUUUGGUUUACUAUCUGAUAAACUAUCUGAUAUUUACUAUCUGAUAAACAGCAUUGUUACUCAAGAUGAUGCAAAGUGGUGUUUCAUGAAGGAUUCUUCAAAUGGUGAAACUGUAUAGAUAAAAGAUGUUUACUCCACAAUGAUCUGCUCCACCUAGACGUUGCUUAUCAGUUUCUUUCCAAAGAAACAGGCAGAAGUUCCAGUAACUUCACUUGUUCAGGUUGUUGCAAAAUACCACAUGUUUGAUUCAGGGCAUUUGGGCUCUAAAUUAGCAUUAUCCUUAUAGCAGCCAAGACAGAAACCCCUUCAACAACCUUCUGUCUGAAUUUUCAUAUUACCUCUGCCUCCUGUUUAAUUUUAGGUAAAGAAUUUUUGUGCUUCAAAACUACCUGUUACUUUUGAAUGCUUCUGUUUCAUUUCCUAAUUCUCAGUUUUAUGAGUCAGAUUUUUCCAUUUCUAUGGGUACAUUUUCUCAUAUAUAAUUACUUUUUUCUCCACCCUAGGAAAUCAACCAGCGACUGACACCAACUCAAAAGUUCACUCCAAAAGAUCUGAUCGCUGCAAUAAAAGCUCUAAAUAUAGAGCUUGGCUUAAUUAUAGAUUUAACAUAUACAACAAGAUACUAUCAUGUGAAGGUAAUAAUAGUAAAUUUGUAUUUCCGAGUUUUGCUGCGUACUUUCUAAUGCUGAUCUUAAAACAUACCAAUUCUCUAUGUGUUAUAACAGUAACAGUGGAGGAACUUGAUGAGCUCUGAAUGCCAAUUAUUUAUUUAUAGUUGCCAUCUAUGUGCACAGUGCUUUGCUUAGUGUAACAGGAUUAGAUCCAUGCCCCUGAGGGCAUUCAAAACAGCAGAGCAAGGGAAGAGAAGGAGAGGUAGGGAGAAAGAGCAAGAAUGCAUUUAGGCUUCAUUACAAUAGUAUAUUAGAAUCAAUGGGCUGAGGGGCCACUAGGGGCACAUCGGAAGAUGGCUGACAAUAACAUCUCUCCGACCCACACGAGGUAAUUAGGAGGCUGUGAUGGGAGUAAAUAGCCUCCCUACCCCCCCCCAAGGUUGUGGGGGGGCUACCCUUAUCUGCUGUGCCCUAUACCACCCCCGAAUUUGUGGGGAUGGGGGCACUAGGCAGAAUGCCCUCCUGUGGAUCUCGGCGCUCCUGGACGCUGUCUCUGAUCCGCGCCUCUAGCUGCAAGAACUUCAAAAGAAACAAUUAGGAGGAAGCGAAUGCACAUAUUUCAAGGAAGGAGGGGGAGUAACGACAGCUAACUGAAGAGAUCUCUGAUAAACAAGACGGGUCGGAGGAACAAUAUAAAUCAUGAGAAGAUACGCCAAGGCUCGGUAUGGCAAAAGGACUGGAUGGGGGAGGGGGAAAAUCUUUCCUUUUUUUCCCCUCUAAGUGAUUAACCAAGAAUCCCCACCCCCCACAAGUCAGAAAUGUCGUUUUAAUGACUUAAGCUGUGGAUUUAUGACUGUGUGGAGAUAAAUUUUCUAACCAAAGCAUGUUUUAAGAAGAUCGUGGAAAGUAUAACAGCUUUGGAAUGACGCAGUUAAAAAUACCGUCGCCAUGUUGGCAAGUUCUGUCGGAGGACUUAAGUCUGGGAGGAGAAAUAGAGCUGUUUUUAUAUUGUGGGUGAGACUCCUCAGAGGGACUUAAGAACGACAGUUUUGCGAUUAAUGAUGGAAAGAGCGAUGUUAUUUAUGAAAGCGAUGAUAUAUGGAAACCAUCUCGAUUUGAGGAUUGGACGAACGGAAAAAUUCACACAGGAUUAUAAUUGGUGUUUAUCUGCUUAAGGAGAUUAUCAGAAGAGAUCAUAAAGGAAAAAAAGAAAAAAUAUACGAAUAAGAUGAGAUGUGGAAACAGCAAGAUAAGACUAGAUAGAAUUAUGAACUUUAUUUGGACUGAUUUGGAUAUUAACGCAGUAACAAGAAAAUGAUCGGAAUCCCCCUUCGGAACUUGAAAUAUGGGUCCCCUCAACAAAAAAUUAAAAUUCGGCUUUGUAAUUCGGAAUUUAUGUGAUGUGAUUUGAUUUGAUUUGAUUGGUCAGUUAAUAAAUUUUUUUUUUAAAAAAAAAAGAAUCAAUGGGCUGAUUCGCUUUAGUGGAUUAUAGUGUGACUGAGUUACAUCAGACACUUAGACUGGUAGUGAGACAUAGUGACAGGAUUAUGAGGGUAAGAUUUGCCAAUUUGAAACAAGGAUCUUUCUGUUCAUUGAUUUUAAUCAAAUUAUGAAAUGCCUAUCACAAUGAAAUUCCAAAAAUGUUGGAAACGGAGAGAAGCACUCUGAUUAUAUUUUCAGCUGACAUCUGUCUAUGUGUUGGCGGAUGAUUAUAAUGAUGCCAUGACGCUCAAACCUUUGAAACUGGAUACUUAGCCACGUUACUAUGUCAUAUGUUUAAAACUCUAUAGGGCUUUCUCCAAAUAUGAUCUCAUGGGGCAGGUUUCCUGUCAGAUCUUGUGCAAUAAAUAAAUAAAUUGCAGUGCAAGGAAGACAGAUGACACAAAAGUGCUUGGAGUUGUUGCAAUCACAUUCCCUUUCUGAGUUUGGGGAUUUGUACCAACAGUAAUUAUGACUGAUGCAAGAGCGUUUUGAAAAAUGAUUCACCAGACAUAAUUGUGCACUUUCAGCUCCUACAAAAUGAACUUUAUUCAGAGCCAAUUUUUAAAAGUUGGAUCAAUCUUAGAGAUAUGCAGAGAUCAAAUUACAAUUUUUUGCUACAAGUUUGUUCACCUUUUUGUUGAUAGGAUUUGCCUAAAAAUGUGGUCUAUAAGAAACUUUAUACUAUUGGAUUUGAAGUUCCAGAUGAUCCUACUAUUCUACAAUUCAAAAAACUGGUCAGAAAGUUCCUAUGGGAAAAUGCAGAAAAUGGUAAUUAACAGCAUUUUUCAUUUUGUAAAACACUGCCAGUAUUUGUCCGUAUAUGUAUAAUUUACUAAUUGCUGUUGGAAUCUGUGAAUAUGGAUUCACAGUUUUCCAAUGUAACAAAUCUGGAAUUUUACAAUGUUUCCAUUUCCUCCCUUACUAACAGUGUAUUUUUCAAUAAGAAAAGUCAGAGACACUAAAUACAUGCAUUUUACAUAUUGUGUAGUUUGGCCCAGUUUCAAAUGAGGUUUGCUACGCAGCAUGAGACUGCUAUUCAAGAAAUACAAAUACAAAGCCCUUUUGUGCAUGCCAAGCUGUUUGUGUGUUUAUUUGGAUCUCGGCUAUUGUGUAGAAACAAUUCCCGUUAAAAAUGUGCAUCCACAUCAUUGUCUCAGUCCAGAAAAGUCAAUCCACAUGCAUUAACAGCUUUCUGCAUAGUGUGGAUCAAGCUGCAGGGAAAGCCUUGCAUUCAGUUUUGGACCUGCAAAAGCAAUUCUUCGGGUGGAAUUCAAUGUCAUGCUCUUCCAAAUGUUCCAUCUGCACAAGCAUUGCAGCUUGCCUUGCUGGAUGGAAUGAUCAUCCCUCUCCUCCCCUGCAUGCUGUUCUGUGAGUUCUCCUGAUCCGCCCCAGAACAUUUCCAUGUGCUCUGGCACUCGUCAUGGUGUCCCGUUGUGCCAGUAGUGGUUUAGUCAUACUGGCCACAUGACCUGGAAAGCUGUCUGCGGACAAAUGCCAGCUCCCUCGGCCUGAAAAAGUGAGAUGAGCGGCACACCCCAUGGUCGCCUUUGACUGGACUUAACCAUCCAGGGGUCCUUUACCUUUUUUUACCUUAUCCCCCCACCAUGCCAAUUUCAUGUUAUGGGGUGGGCAGAAAGGCCCAUUGCAGAAGGAGAAGUCCUUAGGUGAAUUCUGCUCCAUGUAUAUUGCAUGCAGACUACCUAAGAUGCAAUCUCAGUCCUAACAGUACUAAUUACUAGUUAAGCAGAAAAGGAGGGAGAAGUUGGCUCAAGACUGUCAGCUUUCAGAGUCUUCAUCACAUCUUAGAAGAGGUUUUGCAAGUGAAGCAGAGUGCAAAUAGCCAUUUGCCAAAUUCGUGGUUCUCUAAGUGGGAGCCAAUACAUUCAGCAUUAAGGGAUUAAAGAUGCACUACUGGACCAGUUCUGUAAACAGCAAGAGUCUUUGCAAAACCUCUUUGUUUUAUUGUGCACUUACUGUAUUUUUAUAUUCACAUUCUUUUAUUUUCAUUUUGCUUUUUAAAUAGCAAAGCUCAUAGGAGUACACUGUACUAAUGGAAUUAAUAGAACGGGUUAUCUUAUCUGUAGGUAAGUAUCAUAUAAAAUAUUAAACAGUUAUUUUCACUAGAGUGAUAUGUUCUGCUUGGUGAUCUGCAUCUGUGCAUAUAUUCCUUUAGAUAUCUUAUUGACGUUGAAGGCUGGGAUCCAGAAACAGCAAUCCAAGGUAUUUGUGUGCCCCUUGAUCAAAAGUCAAGGUUCUGCAUGCACUAUGUUGUUAUAUCACUUGCCAUAGCUGGGAUCCAAAAGGCUGCCUCCCAAAAGCCACAGUCAUACUGAGACUUUUGCAGCCUCCUUUCUUUGUUUAGUUUUAUGCAACUCAAAAAAACUUCUCCUGGAGGUCAUAGGAGCAGCAGGAUGCUAUACCAAAAGUGCAAAAUUACAAUCUCUCCAUAUGUGCACAGAAAACUUUACACUUGUGUAAGGGGAAAUAGAGCCUUCUUCAUGUGAUUUGGCUUAUGUGAUUUAGCUGAUGAUAAUUCAGUCCUGACACUGUCUGUAAAAUGUCUGUAAAUCAUUUUAAUGUGUUAUUUUGUGGAGUUCUCAUUUGCAUGAUCACUGUGAUGUGAACCAUGCAGAUACUGGAUACAGCAACUUCCACUGUCUCUGACUUCAGUAUAUAUUUCUUGACAUGUUAGAGACCACAGUGGUGUAUCUAAGAACUCGAAGUUUCAGCUUUUUAUCAAGUUGCUCAUCAAAUGGAUAACUCUCAUUCCUAGCGGGGUGGGGUGGAUGUAAUAAGCUGUUUUUGUGAGAGUCCAUGACAUUGGUUAAAUGAAAUGACAAACCAUAAUUCAUUGUUAUGAGAAUGAGCCUUUCUGAUCCUUGGGCUCAUAUAUUCACUUUACCUUCUACUUUGUACAUGAGAAAUAGGUCAGAAACCUCUGCUUCAACAGUCAUCAUGUGCCCCUGUUACAUCAAAAGUAGGGAACUGCAGUUUGUUCCAGCUGUGGUUUUCUCAAUAUCCCAAACAACUGUGGUUAGUUAAAAAGAAGGAUGAUCCUUCUUUAUAAGACUUUAAGCCUAAUUAGUUUUAAGUAACCACAUUAUAACAAACCACAAUUCCUUGAGUGUGAAUGAAACAGGGAACUAUGUUUAAUGCUAAAGCAGAAGUUUUCAAUUUUCUUAUGCAAGUGAUGGAGAAGAGGUAAGGAUGAGGGUGGAGUAUGUGAACCAGAGGCUCCUCCUUGUCCAUCUUCAUAAUGACAAAUCAUAUAUUGCAGCUGGGCACAGUUUAUUUUUUCAGAGACUGAAAAUAUUCUGCUUAUAGCAGCAGUGGCAAAUAGCACCCACUAGACCAGUGCAGUGCAGUAACACUAGCUCCCUGAGAACCAUGCUUGGCAAAUCAAGAGUCAGCCUUGGAAAUACACAUCCCCACCUCAUACCUCCUCUCCAUCUUUGUCUUCAAAUUCUCCCUUCUAACUACAGUUCCAGAUCACAGUUAAAUUAGAACCCUGGUUAACCUUAACAGCAGUUAAUAUUGGGGUCAAUUAACUGCUUUAUUGUGGUUAAAGAAGGAAGGAAGGAAGAAUUUGUCUUAGUAAGAAGUGGCACUGCAAUGAGGUUAUCUCUUGAUUUGUUAAAUCACAGUUUAUUUUGUUUUUUGUUUAUUAUUUGCAUUUGUCUGUCGUCUCAUAAUACAAGUUCUCUAGGCCAGAGGUAGGCAGAAGGUAGUUUGUGAUCUACUAGUAUAUUUUUAAGUUAUUCAGAUCCACAAGCGUUUCUGGGUUUUAUCCAACACGGCUGUGGCACCAGCAGAACAGGCUUCUGGUAGCACAGCAUGACUUUCCCUUCCUCUUCCCCCACCUGCAGCUGCCAUGCAGCCUCAGAUUCUGGACCAGAUGUUUAGGGAACCCUCUGGAGCAUAUUUUGGAGGCAUGAUGGGGGAUGCAUAGGGGAUGACAGGAGGGGAAAUGCCUGUUGCACAAGUGGAAAUGUGUUUGCACCCUCUGACUCCCAGUUAUUUAACAAUGGCAUCAACAAAACAAAUUUUGCCACCUAAAUUAGGCAGCAGAAGUGUAGAAAGCUAACCAGGAGGUAAUUUUUGUAUGAAAGUGCUGUAAUCUAAUUUCACUUCUGAUACUGGCAACAACUUCCUAGGUUCAGAAUAUGCUCAGAAACACCUUGUUCUUUAAUUCUUUGUACAUGAGUCUGGUUGUUAGAACCUGGGGCUCUAGUAAAAAAUGAAUUAGAUCUAAGAUGUCUUCCCCCUCAUACACCACAAUUCUAGGCAACAGUUUAUAGAACAAAUAAUAUGUCAACACCAGCCUGAUGCAGUUAUUAUCGUGUUGUGUUGUGUUGUGUUGUGCUGUGUUGUGCUGUGUUGUUUUAAAACAACAUUAUUCAUGUUGAUGAAACCAAAUAAGUUGGGGGAGGGAUCCACACUUCAGAGUGAGGUUGCAGUCUCCUUCUGGACUACCUUCCCGGAUCCCCAGUCAACUCCUACAUAGAGGCUGUGAGACAAUCUAGCAGGGUUCCUACGAUUUAGCACAAGAGGAAGGGAGGGAGGGAGGGAGGACUAGAUGACUCAGAAAGCAGCAGGGAGAACAAUAGUCCCAGCAAACUUCAAUCAUAUCUUUAAAUAGCAAUGGGCCAAGCCAGCCAAGCCCAAGGUCAGGUGAAGGCAGAGGACAAAGAAAAUCAGGACCUUGGAUAGCUCCAAGCAACCCUGCUCUGCUAAAGCUCUACUACAUAAGGUAGCUAUGAGAAAAUAUAAUACUAGCAGGGAGAAAGCCAAGUGAAGAUUUAUAUUGGCUGACAGGACCUGUAAUGUGGCUGUGCCUCCCUGGAGGAGCAGUCUGGGUUGUUAAAGGGCCUUGUUUGAUUUUGUAGUGUUUGAUAUCUGCUAACCUGGGGAGGAGAUCCAGCAGGGGACUCAUCAGCUGAGUCCAAGGAUGGUGACAGGGCUGUGUCCUCUGACCAGGAAAACUGAUGGUUCUUCCUCUCACUGCUGCCCUACCGCUGGAGGAAGGGACCUCAACCUCAUCCUCUACCAUGCACUGCAAGGUUCCAAGCUUGGGGGGUCAUAACACUAUGAUGCAUUCUCUCAACCAACAUGCUAGCAAGGUGGUAGCUGCAUUCCUGUCCAGGCAAGAACUGUUUAAAAGUGAUGAACAUGAUGCUGUGUCCUCAGUGUGAAACAUGAUGGCUCUAUAAAUAUCUAAGGAAGGUCACUCCCAGUUAAAGGGUGCCUGCUGUGACUUGACUUUGUCUGCCUUGGCCAGACUUUGCUGCUUGAUCUGACCUUUCCCAUUGUGAGCUUGCCUUUAUCAAAUAGUAUCUGCUUUACACCCAAGCCUCAAGCUCCUAUGAAAGCCAGAGGAAAUAGCUCCUCACUCAGGCACUGAGGAAUCAACUUCAGUGGCUUUAUGUGACAGAGCACUUCAGAACAGAAUUGCAUGCAGCCAACUCUGCUAUCACUGGACAUUACAAAAUUAACAUCUUUGCAUCCUCUGAUGGGGAACUUUGGCAAAUGGGCUCUCCAGGGAGUUGUUGAUCUACCCAGAGAUGCACUGCUUUUCAAAAUCCCCAACCUAGAUGGCCUCCUGCACUCAAGGAAAGAAAUUCUUUGCUCACCUGUGACUCUGUUAUUUUAAAGUAAAGGAGAUUAGCUAGGCUCCAUUGUUCAAGCUGCUUCCCUGGGAGAGAAUAGCUCCUUCAUUUUCUCCCAGCUUAGCUGUUUGUGCUCCUAUCCCUUUCCCCUCUCCUCAAAGCAAGUAUCAUAUCCAUAGGGGAUCUCAUCAAAGAUCUAAAAUGAUCCUUGAACCAUCUACCUUUGCCUUGGGAUCAGGAGGGAGGGUAGGGGUGGACCUGCAACCUCUAGAAGGAGACUGCCUCCUUUUCCUCAAGGCGUGGAACUUUCCCCAACCUAGCUGGCCUUCUUCACUUGAGAAGAACAGAAAUGCCCAUGUAAGUAUAACAGAAUAUGUUUCUAGCAUUCAGUGCACUGCAGUUUUUGAACCACUAUCAACAGUCCCCGUCCCCCCCCCCGUUCACAAAAUGGCAUUCCACACAACUAAUGUUCGCAAAAUCUGUUUAGCUUUUGGGGAGGCUCGUGGUCACCAUAUUGAUGGGAAAAUAUACCUGGCAGAUCUCAAAACACAGCCAAUGAGAAGGUAAGUAAAUACAUAGUUUUUCAUUACUAAAUACAUUCCAUUUCUGUUAUUGGAGAUUCUAUACAAGUUCAGUGUUUCCUUCUUCAGACUUUGAUUGUGAUAACAAAUAUGGUACUUUUGUCAUGGAUUCUGCUCCAUAUUGAUUCAGAGCAGACCUCAGUGUAUGGUUAGCAGAGUAAAAACUUAAACACAAUGCAGGGUUCCCAAAGAAGAGACCAGAGGCAAUCAAGUUCAUCCAUCAGAGCUUUUUACUACUGAAGGCAAAUGAGCUUUAUGGUCACAAAUCCAUAAAUUUCAGGAUUAUCACAGACCAUAGGAAAUCCAGUUGCAGCAGACUUAAUUUAAACUUACAAUAUGACUAAAACCUGAACACUUAAGCACAGUGCUUUUUUUUCUGUGGGGACACAGGGAUACGCCUGCCCCUAAACAUUUUGUGAAUCUUAAGUUUGGCCUCAUUGAGGGGCAGUAUUUCAAUAUGAGUAGGAAAAUGAGAGUACCCCUAAACAUUUUUUAGAAAAAAAGCACUGCUUAAGCAUACUAUGUACAGAGCAGAAGGAAAGAGACAGGAAGUGAAAGAGAACAGAGGAAAGAGACGGGCUCCUUCUGGCCUAUUAUUAUAGUCAGCAUGACCUUGACAGAAAGAGAUAGCAGAACCCAUUUAAACCAGCUGUUCAACUUCUCUGGUUCCAAACAUCAGGAACCUUCUGCUUGUUUCUAGGCAGAAUAGAAGCUUGCUUGUUAGCUAGAAACUUUCAGCUUAUAUCACACAGAGAAGCUUCCAGAAUCAAUAGAAGUUUCCUUCUUUAAUCAAUAGAAUAGGAAAUAUCUCUACACUUAGUUUAAACUGAGAAUUUCUGUACCCAAAAAAAAAGCAAACCUGACAACUUUUUUGUUCACUUCCUGAAUAUACACUAAAUAUACAUUGUGAUAAACUGAUAAGUAAAGAGUAACAUAUCCUAAUAUGAAAUCUGGGUGUCCUACAUGCUGAUUAAGCACAUCUGUCCCUUGCUCAUAAAAAUACAGCCUUGUGGAAGUAUAAACAUAUAUUUACAUACAGGUGUGAAACUGAUAAAUAAGGUUGAAAACUUCCUCCUUUCUUCAUUAUAAUGUUGCUUUGUAUUUUUCCAUCAGUAACUUCAGCAAACAAUUAAUACAUUCUGUUUUGACAUUUUCUAGCAAUCUUGGAAUGAAUUUAUGGGAUACUGAUGGAGAUAUUGCACCGCCACCAAAUGAUAUUGAUGGACAUAUUGAUAGAUUCCCAAAUGAAGAAUAUCCUAGGUAACCUGCAGAAAUUCGUUUUCUUAAGUAGAAAUUAGAAGUAUGAAAAAUAUUGUCAGAACAAUUAAAUCUGUAUAGUUCUAUUGUAAUGCUUACAAUUAAGCCAUAAUUUAAUGAUAAUUAGGUUUUAAAUUGCGGAAAGUGCAGUAAAGGUCAAAAUAAUUCCACUCAAGGAUUUCUUCUAUAAUGAAAACUGACAUGCAAACAUUAAAACUAUGACCAAAAAUAUAAAUUGUAAGUGUGAUACUCUUAAGAGAUGAGAUAUUUCUUUACACUUUGGUUUUAUCUGCUGAUUUCAAUACUUGCCUUUCUUAAAAUGAGAACUCUUUCCUUAACAGGCCUGGGAAAAGAGUAAGAGUUUUUGACUAUGGCCACAAUGAAUUACCAGAAGAGGUUCAAUUGAGAGAGUUCGAUUUCAUUAACAAAGGUCCAGGACAACGACGAAAACCGUAUCAUGACCACCAAUUUCAAGAUGAUUUGCAGCCACUAGUACAAAUAAGUCAAAGGCAUUUCCCUGACCGCCAGUAUUAUGAUGAUGACUAUCAAGAAGAAAUGCGCCUGAUGGAUUUAAGGGGCUCAGAACAUAGGCUGAGUCCUUUCCAUGAUCAGUUUUCUGAUGACUUUCCAGGAAGGGCAUCACCAGAAGAUCUUGGUGAUGUGGGUCGUGAUCAGAGGCAAAUACAUUUUCCUGACAUCCCUGCUCUCAGAAGUAUGCUGCUAGAUACGGAGGUUGAGGGGGACCAUGUAGAAAGGCGGAGACCAUUUUAUGAACCGCAAUCUAAUGAUGGCUUUCAACCACACGUGCAGUUAAAAGACCUAACAUUCCACAAGAGUUCUCUGCAAAGAAUUAGACGUUUUCAUGACUGUCCCCCUCAUGAUGAUAUGCAGCCACCAGUAGGAGAAUUCGAGUUUGUUAGUAGGGGCCAUGGACAAAGAAUGGCACCUUUCCCCGACCACCAGCAUCACAUCGAUGACUUACAAAGAGAGGUGCCACUAGAAGAUUUUGAUGAUAGAGAUUCUGGAUCAAGAUGUAGACAUUUUCGUGGUGAUCAGUCUUACAGUGAUAUCGCUGAGGAAACACAACUGAAAGGUUUUCGAAAUAGGGGACCUUUUAAUGACCACAUGCCCCAAGAUGAUGUGCCAUGUGAAGGAUAUUUAGAAAGGUAAGAAUUACCCUACUAGCUCAGAGUAUACAUCUCUCUAGAUCAGUUUCCUGUGUUUGACAGUAGCUGCUAUUAACUAAUACAACGGAAGAACAGUACAAAGCAGUUAGGAAGACUCCUUUUCCCUUUAUGUACUGCUAGAUUUAAGAUUUCUGAGGUCAAGGAGCCUGAUAUCCUGGCUAUUUUUGAUAUUCCCAUCUACAGUGGAAUUCUGUAACCUAGCCAGAUUAGCAAAUUAUAGUUUUGAUAAUUUAUUGUAUUUAUGGAAUUGAGAACACGAAUACUGGUGAAAAUUAUCAAGUUUCAAAUACUGUUUUUCUUUAAGCUCCUUAUACAAUUAACUUUCUGACUGUAUUAACUUCAUAUUCCAUAUAUAUUUUUAAUGUUAUGCCAAUUAUUAUAUAUAUUAUUUAUACUCAGAUUGCUUCUUACUUUCCACUAUUUUAAUAUGUCCGUUUUGCUCCUUAUAGAGGUCAUCCUUUUCUUUCUCAUGCGCACUUCACAGAAUCUCCUUUACUUCACAGAGAAAAUGAUUAUAAUAGAGAUUGCAGGUAAAGGCGUUGUCAUGGCAUUUAUGCAGAGCAUGUCACUGAUUCACAUUCAAAAAUAUAAACUAAAAGACUGACAUUUUCUAAUAAUAUACAUACUCCUGCUUUGUUUUUGCAACAAGACAGUUUCCUGUGGACAUAAUACAUCCUUUCAUAGAAUUACUUCAUUCUUGAGGAACUCAGCUUUAAAAAUAAAGAUUUUUCUUUAGAGGCUGGAGCAGGUACAACUUUUGGUUCCCUCUUAGCUAUAAUUAGGAGCAGUCUCUGAAAUCACACCCUACAUCUCCUCCACCCUCUUCUCAGUUCCUUUCUCCCACCAUGGCUGCUGUUAAGCAAUACAACAGCACAAACGAAUUCAUCGGUUCCAGUCUAAAAAGGAUUUUGAUCAAGAUCAAACUCUGGCUUCAAAUUAUGCUUAACUGGAAAUCCUGGUUAGAAUUGGAUGUGGUUGGGGGUCAGUUCUAAUGUGUCCCUUUUGUAGUUAAGGUAGUGGAGUAGUGUGUGCAUCCAACAGAGGAGGGUUUGGAGAGAAUCCUGCAGCUGGUUUCCUAGUAUCUCAACUGUGGGUAGGAGAUAGGUAGCAUUGUGGCUCCAGAUAACAUUAAUUUUACUGGGUAUAAUUGGACUCAGAAUUGUAGCCCUAAAGAAGUUUUCAUUUAUUUCUUUUUAAUGAUGCCCUCUUAAAAUUUGGAUGGCUUAUCAGGAUCAAGUGGCAGUGAAAGCAAUAUAGUUCUAAAAGUCGUAUGGCUUUAAAGGAAAUCACAUCAUCACAUCAAAUGAGGCCUUAGUAGAGAAGGCCUGAAGUCACUGAUCCUUAGGGUAGAUAUCUGGUCAGUGUGGUGUGGAUUCAUGCUGCUGACCACAAACCUGUUUCUCUGCCUGUGUGAUAUAUAGCAUGUAAAGUAAAGGUAAAGGGACCCCUGACCAUUAGAUCCAGUCGUGACCGACUCGGGGGUUGUGGCGCUCAUCUCGCUUUAUUGGCCGAGGGAGCCAGCGUACAGCUUCCGGGUCAUGUAGCCAGCAGGACUAAGCCGCUUCUGGCGAACCAGAGCAGUGCACGGAAACGCCGUUUAUCUUCCCGCCGGAGCAGUACCUAUUUAUCUACUUGCACUUUGAUGUGCUUUCAAACUGCUAGUUUGGCAGGAGCAGGGACCGAGCAACGGGAGCUCACCCUGUCCCAGGGAUUUGAACCGCCAACCUUCUGGUCAGCAAGUCCUAGGCUCUGUGGUUUAACCCACAGAGCCGCGUCCCUGUAUAUUAUAACAUGUAACCUACCGUAUACAGUGGUGCCCCGCAAGACGAAUGCCUCGCAAGACGGAAAACCCGCUAGACGAAAGGGUUUUCCAUUUUUGAGUUGCUUCGCAGGAUGAAUUUCCCUAUGGGCUUGCUUCGCAAGACGAAAAUGUCUUGCGAGUCUUGAGAUUUUUUUCCGCUUUCCCCCCCCCCUUUUGCUAAGCCGCUAAGCCGCUAAUAGCCUUUUAGCAGCUAAGCCACUAAGCCGAUAAGCCUUUAAUAGCCGCUAAAACGCUAAUAGCGCUAAUCCGCUAAGCCGCUAAUAGGGUUGCUUCGCAAGGCGAAAAAACCGCUAGACGAAGACACUCACGGAACGGAUUAAUUUCGUCUUGCGAGGCACCACUGUAUUAUUAUUUAUACAGCAGGAAGUCAGGAAAUAACCAUUUUCGAUUGCAACAAUUCAUUAUAAGCUAAAGUAAUUUACACUGGGAUGAAGCAGCAAAAUAAUUAAGUAUUUGUGUUUGGGGAUAUUCCUGUUGAGACAAUGUGUUUGAUCAUAUUCUUAGGAAGAUAUUUGACAGUCUCAGCGGAAGACAGAAGGGGAAGCAAUAAAGGGGGGGAAAUCCUAACCCAGUCCGCUGGGGCUGAACAGAUUGGCAGGGCCACCACUACAUCUGCAGCCCUGCCAUUCAUGGUGGCUGGGACAGAAAGUAGGGGCAGGCAGAUCUCUGCAUCGACCUGCCCUCAGAGCUCUCUUCUUUGGGGCUAUUUACCAGUGGGGUGGGGAUCCCACCAGUAGGCCUCACAUCUGCCUGUUUGGUAGGCAAAAAGAGAAGGUCUGCACUGACAUUGUGAUGCUGGCAUCACUCCACAGGUAGCAGGAGGCUGUUGGAGCAAUACCUCCACUCGGUCCAACGAACCACACCUCCAGACCAGCACAAAGAGGCUUUAGAUUGCUCUGUAUCACACUUCAAAACACUAAUGCUGUAUUAUGUCACCACAGUCCAAAAUUCUGAGUGGGGUGGAUAUACACAAGGGUCUCAACAUGCACGAGACUUCUUGUUCUCACAUAGCAUGAUCAUCUCACUGUGUGCGUGGAUCAUAUUUCAGAAGAGACCCCUGAAAUCUUCUUGAGUAGAAGCUGAGCCUUGUGUGCAGGUAUGAAUCUUCCUAUGCAUUGGGACCUAUACUGGUAACAUUUUUCCAGUGAAAUGUAUUGAAACUAAAAAGCUUUUAGGAGGGAAUUUCGUUAUCAUCACUUGGAGGAGUACACCUUUUACAUUUUUAAUUUGACAGGUUCCUUUUCAAAGAAAGGAAGUACAGUACAGGAAGUUCAGGAAAAUAAUGCAUAUUACUUAUGUUUCAAUGAGCAAUUCAUAGAUCUUCUUGUAAAGUGCAACCUUUUAUGCUUGUCUCUCCUGUCUUUGAUGACUGCCUGAUCAGUUGAAGAAGUUUACAAUUAAUAAUUGUUUUCACAUUAUAGACCUGAUUGCCCUGAAGAUUACAGGAGAAGCCGCCCUUCUAAUGAUGAAAUUAACAAAGGAAGAAAAACCAGAUUUGCACCAUAUCCCUCACAGCCAGUACAUCACUCUUCAUCCGUGCAACAGAAAGUUAGUUCAGUUUCAGUGGACCCUGGAAGGGAACUUCAACAUAAAAUUACAAGGGAGACAGAGCAAAGGGAAAGAUUGCCUGUCGUAACAAUUGAUUACAAUUAUGGUUUGCCUUUAGACUAUGCAUCUGAAGACGAAGAUAGAUCACACUAUGAUUUACCUCCAAAACAGCACCAGAUUUGGAAAUGAGCCAGGUAUGUGUGGCCAUGCAUGUUUACCCAUUACCCCUUGUGUGGGGACCAAACCUUUUCUCAAACUGAAGAAGCAUAUCUUUAAAAAUUACAGCACUCGUAUCAGUAGUAAGACUAGUUUCCACAAAUGUUUGGGGUUUUUUACAUGUAGAUAGUGGUACAUUUGUUACGUGUAUGUGGAGACAAAUGUUCAACUUCUGUAAAAUAAAAUAGUGGUUACCUAUAGUGAAAUUGGAAGACCGCAGCUUACAGCACCACAGAAGCUGUGUUCUUCUCACUUCCCCUAUUUUGAAAUGUACAUAUAUUGCUUCAACUUACGAAAUGUGUAAUAAAAUAAUUUAAAGACAAAGACUGCUCUCAAUAAACUUUUACUAUGAAUUUGAAAGGAAAUACAUUGCAAAAUAUGAAAAAAAAAGAGUUAUGGUAAUGUGGUCAAUUCAUUUGAUGGUAGCAAUUUGAAUUUCCCAGUACCGUGCUACCUUGGUUUAUGAACUUAAUCAGUUCCGGAAGUCUGUUCUUAAACCAAACUGUUCUUAAACCAAGGCACGCUUUCCCAUAGAAAGUAAUGCAAAAUGGAUUAAUCCGUUCCAGACUUUUUAAAACAAACCCUAAAUCAGCAAUUUAACAUGAAUUUUACUAUCUAACAAGACCAUUGAUCCAUAAAAUGAAAGCAAUAAUCAAUGUACUGUACUAUAAAAUAAAUAAAACAGUAUUGUAGAUGAU